CAACGAAGACUCGUUUUCCCCACCUACUUAACACAGUUUUUGUAAAAUAGUGUAGAUGUAUGUACACAGAUGAUCUAACGACACUUGGUAAAAAAAACAUAUGUGUCUUGUGGCUUAUUGUUUCAUUAAACAGUAAUUUCAAUAUUAAAAUGACGGCCGCUAGUUGGCGCAGGUGUCGCGCACACUGGCAGUAACAGAUUCUCUGAGUCAAAUUCACACUUGCAGAUUGACCUCUUCAGAAAGUUUUUUUUUGUCCUAAAAACACAAUGUCAACAAACGGCAGGACCUCGAGAAUAUUACAGUUCAUAGCACCAGAUGAGCGCCGUCAGUUUGGAAUCGAGACUCCAUUCCAGCGUCUGGCUUGGCAAAUGCAAGACAUAUUAGGGGAUGGAGGAAUUCUCAAAGAGGUUGUCCAUGCAGGAGAAGGUCCACCUGUACCCAAGCAUGCCUCUGUAUCAAUUCAUUUCUCUGGUUUCAUUGAGUACUCUGACGCACCAUUUGAGACAACCAGCCACCUUAAAUAUCCACGAAUGAUGAAGCUUGGUAGAGAUGUUACUUUGUAUGGCCUAGAGCUUGGUCUUCUUACUAUGAAGAAAGGCGAGUUUUCCCGUUUUCUUUUCAAGCCCAAAUAUGCCUAUGGGGACCUUGGAUGCCCCCCGCACAUACCUCCAUUAGCCACAGUCCUCUAUGAGGUGCAAGUCCUCGAUUUCCUGGACUCGGCACAAGUGGAUGAAUUCAUGGAUUUGAGUAUGGAAGAGCAGAACAAUGUUCCUCUGGCCACGUUUCUGAAUGUACUGGACACACAGCGGAGCUUUGGCAACCUCUGCUUCAAUAAGAAGCGCUAUGAAGAUGCUCGAGAGCGAUACAAACAGGCCAUGACACUUUUCCAGAAUCGUGAGUCGGUGGAUGAAGAAGAGAAGAAGCGUCUUAACGAAAUGAAAUUGCCUUUCCUGCUCAACCUCUCACUCACGUACCUCAAACUGGAGAAACCCCAGAAGGCCCUUUGCUACGGUCAGAAAGUGCUGGACAUCAGCCCUCAGAACACUAAAGCGCUCUUCCGCUGCGGCCAGGCCUGUUUGGAGAUGAAUGACUAUGAGAAGGCACAAGAUUACCUAACACUCGCUCAGGCGAAAAAGCCAUUCGAUCCUGACAUCAACACCUUGCUGAGAAAGCUUGCUCUCUGCUACAAGGACUAUUUGGACAAAGAGAGAGAUAUGUGCUCCAAGAUGUUCUCGGGUUUUAAAGGAAUGGAAAAGUGAAGCUUGCAGUGUCCAUGGUGGCGUUUUUACCAUUUUUCAAACCCUCCAGAUUGACCACAAGUGGGCAGUAUAAACCCAACAAAUUGUAAUUUUGGUUUGAGUGGCCAACAUUGCCUUAAAUUUUGUCAUACUUUUAAUUGCUUAUAGUUCAAUUUUGUGUUUGCCAAUAUAUACUUUUUUCCCCACAGCUUUCAGCAUUAUGUUCUCUGUUACUGUAAGAUAAGCUUUAUUAUAGCAGACAGUCAAGAUUUUGCAGUGUUGUGUUCAGUACUCUAUAUGGAGCAUCAGGAUGUCUCUCAUGUGUGUGGCUGGAGUUUCAGAAGUUAUAUAGACUUGUUCAUUUGUUGAAUUAUUUCUCAUGCACUUUUUUUUUUUUUGUAUGCCAUGCAAUGCACAUCUUAAUUUUACUUAUUUUGUAUGUAAAUUUUGAAGUUAACAUGAAAACAAUGUUGUUAUGCCUUAGUUUUGAAUUUUCUUUGGAUUUAUAUGGAAAUUAAUAAUACUGUAUAAGAUUAAAAAUACACAUAAAUUUUGUUUACUCUAACAAAAAAGUAAAAAAUGUCAAUAUAUAUUGUGUAUAUAUAAUGUUUACCCUUAUACGAGUCUUAUAUGAAUCUAGUCAUCUUGUUGUGUUGUUUUGGUACAUUUUACCUAGUCUUUCCUUCCUGUCCUAACACCAGUCUUUAACAGCCCCCAAAAUGUAUUUGGACACUUAAAGCUCCCUUAAAAAUGUAAUUUCAUUAUCGCAAAAUAUUAAACCAUGUUGUGUCUGCCAAAAAAAUUCUGCACAUGUUUUCUUAGAACUAAUUUCACUGAUGUAUGAAGUCUUUUCUUCUCAAUUUCACACAUGUGUCCAGCAGAGUAAGCACAGGUGUGGCUCAUCACAUUUACUAUGUAAAAAAAUAAAUAAAAAAUGGUAUUCCACGUUUGCUCUAGCUUGUUUG